CAAGUAAGCAAGUUCCUCCAGGCCCCAGUCCAGUCUUUCUUGUUCGACCCACCGGCAUCCAUGGCUGCCUCCUCAACUCGGCCCCUGAACCCUGCAGCCCAUCCCUUCGUUCCCGUGGCCUCCGCCCCCGCGAAGCUCUGCUCCUCGGCUUGGUCAUCCCUUCCGGUUGGCUUUCCUAUCCCGACGCAGUGCCUCCGCCCGCCGCCCUCGCUGCCGUUGCCGUGCGGGUUGUCUGUCUCCGUCCCGCCCUUGCCAUGGCGCCCAUGGGUGAAGGUGCCUCCUCCGCUUCCGUGUCAUGUAACCGUGUACUGCCGCUCACUGUCGUGUCCGGUGACGGCGUACUGCAUCCCUCCACCGCUGCUACCGGGGAAGAGCUGCAGCAUCACGAAAACCGUCGACGGCGCCGGCGAUAAGUCCCUGAAGGCCGAGGUGGAAAACCGCCCCUCCCCUCGCUCGGUUCUCUCACCAAGGAGUCCCGCGUCCGUCUCGGCUCGGGCGCCGAAGCCGAGGGCGGCGCCUCGGCCUAUGGGCAGCAAACCUGCGUUUGAUCCUAGAAGUGCCAAGACAUCUCUGAUGAUCUGCAACAUCCCCAACAAUUUCUCGAAGCGGAGGAUGAUGGCGAUCCUGGACCAGCACUGUGCCGACGAGAACGACAAGCUCCGGCGGCGCGGCGGUGGCAAGUUCGACAUGUCGGAGUACGACUUCCUCUAUGUCCCAAUCGAUUUCGGUAAAAAGUACAACAAGGGCUACGCCUUCGUCAACAUGACGACGGCGUCGGCGGCGCGACGGCUGCACGCCUUCCUCCACGGCCACUCAUGGGCGGCGGCGGGUUCGAGAAAGGUGUGCGAGAUUGUGCACGCGAACAUCCAGGGUGCUAAUGCGUUGGCGAAGCACUUCUCCGGCUCCAGGUUCCCCUGUGGCAACGGCAACGAGGAGUUCCUGCCGGUGCGCUUCGGUCCGCCUCGGAACGGCCCCCGGCCGACGGCAGAGCGCGUCAUCGGCCACGCGGUGGUGGCGUCGGCCCGCUGCUGAGGGGCUAAGCAAGCCGUUCCGCUCACUGCUCACUGUAGUCAACUCUAUCUUGCAUUCUAUCAAUGCUAUGCUAUGCCAUGGAUAGAUAGAACGGGAGAUAGACUUAUCAUGGGUUAGAUUAAGAAUUUGCUUGUUUGUGUCCUUGUUCAAAUAUGUGUCCUAGAGGUUUAAAUUUGGACUUUGUAUGAGUAGAAUGCAUCAGUUCUCUGAGUUAGUACUAUCUCGAAGUUUAAUGAGUCUUGUUUCUUUGUA